AAUUACAUCAAGGCGGCUGACUCCUGCCUAUAUAGAAGAGACUCCAUCAGCGUUUGUAGAUUUCUUCGUCAAUAACCACCGUCGAGUGUACAACUACCGGAUAACAUAACAUAUAUACAAAAAACUCAUCAUCAUGAGACUCCAAUAUUUUUUGAAUUUUCAGAUAUUUUUGGUGUUUCUAUUGGUAGCAUUUUGCUUGGGACAAGAAGAAGAAGAAAAUGAAGCACAACGUACUGUGCGCGCACCUCAGGGACACAUUCAGUAUGAUGAUUCUAAUGGUUACAGAGUCAGUUGGAAGUUAUUUGCACCCUACACUCAGUGGACGUCAGAAUUGGAAAAUAUUCAAUCAAGUGAAAGUAAAAACCAAGAAACGGAACCAAUUCCAGAAACAAAGACAACAAAAUCCCAGGAGACAAUAGAAGAUAAACACCAUCAGCAACAACAACCACAGCAGCAGCAGCAACAACAACAAAAACAACAUAUCGAACCAGCAGUCGAGUACAAACCAUAUUCAAUGGUGCCAACCUAUAUAAAACAAUUGAUUUUCAAAAUGUACGAACCUCAAGGUCCCUAUGUUGAUCCAAAAGUUUACAUUUAUCAUACCCCAGUUGCAGCAAAUGUCGAUGAUAAUGCAAAAUCACCAACAAUUGAUAAUGAAAAAAAUGCCGAAAGACGACAAGAAACAAUUCACAAUCAUGAAGAAAUAAUUGAACCAAUUAGAAAAUAUUCCUAUUCCGAACAAGAAACAGCAAGUCAACAACAAAGAUCACCAACAAUUGCACAAGAAUUACCAUCAUCAUCAUCAUCAUCAUCAUCAUCAUCAAAUCAAGAUACAUCGAAAUUAAUAAAUGAGUAUCAAAAUCCAAUAUUAAAAAAGAAAACCCAUCACUAUGGUAAAUAUCCAUUAAAGGAAAUUGGUCAUAUUGAAUAUAAAAAAGAUAAUGAACAAGAAUCAAAAUCACCACAAUAUGGCUUUGUACCACAGCGGCAAACAAAAAUUCCCGAUGAUUCAAUUUCAUCAUCACAAGAAUCAAUAACACAUACAACACAAGAAAAUAUUAUGCCAACAUUGAUACAACAAUUAUUAAAUCUACAGGCACAAAUUCCUUAUUAUGUAAUUGCAAAUAGAAUUAAUUAUAAGCCAAAGAAAAUGUUUAUUCCAAAACCAAUAGCCGAAGAUGAUAAAGGUGCCUAUACUUAUCGCAGUAAAGUUUAUUAUAUGCGCGACGAUGAUAAUAAUAAUGAGGAAAAUGAAAAUAAAUCAGUGGAUAAAGUUACAAAAAUUACUCCACGUCAUUAAUGUCUCUAAUUAUAUAAAAAAAAAUUGAAAAUCAAAAUUUUUUUCCUUCAUACAAUUGUGAUGAUAAAAAAAACCAAAUUUUUUGCAAUGAUUCGGAAAAAUUUAGCGCAUUCAAAAAGAAGAAUAUCCUCUUCGUUUAACAGAUUUUUAUGGAAAAUUCCUUCAACUGUAAAGGAGAAUACUUUUAUUUUGAGAGGAAUAGCUACUAGAGGCUAUCACCAUAAAUGGAAAAACAAAAUUUUUCUCUCAAUAUAAUUUUAUUUUCCUUCAAAUGUUUUUUUUCUAAAUGUUUUUUAUAUAUAUAUUUAUUAGAAAAAUGGAAUUUCAAAAUCGUUGCGAUAGUAAAUUCCGUGCCAUUUGAAAGAUUUGUAUAGUGUGAAGAAAAAAUGUUUUGCAAAAUGUAUAGAAACAAGUGUCGGAGGUAUUUUUUAUUUCUCACCUCCAUAAUUUAUAGGUUGAAUUUAUUUUUCUACUUGUAAGGUUGACUUAAUGCAAAGAAUUGCAUGGAAAGUAAAAAUAAAAUAUAAAAAAAAACCAAUGAAUGUAAAGUACAUUCAUAAGAAUCGUGACUAUAUAUACAUUUAUAUUCCAUAAUAUGCGCUUCCGAUUAUGUAUAAAUAAUCUCAUUGAUGAGAAAUUCAAAAUAAAUAAAUGUAUAUAGAUAUAUUAUGAAGAAAUAUAUACUUAGAAAUAA